GAAAGAGGUGAAAAACAAACAAACCCAAUUCUCUUGAGCCCCAACCCUAAUUUCGACGAUCUCAUGACGAAUGACAAUCAGAUCGAAUCUCUCCACCGCAAGCACCACCGUUCCUCCUCAUCCUCCGACGAAGCCGAUAAAUCAUCUAAGCGCCACAAGCACCGUCACCACAAGCACCACCACAAGCGCCACCACCGACACCGCCGUGAUAAGAAGCGCGAAGAUGAGCUUCCAUCGGGUGAAGAUGAGGCUGAGCUGAUGGAUGUUACUACGAUUGGAGUCAGUAACGGCGGUGGUGGGGAUGACGUCGAGGAAGGGGAGAUUCUAGAUGAAGAAGGGGUCGCCAAUGUUAAGACGGUAGAUUCUGAUGGCGAGUCGGGCGAAAUCAAAUCCGAUCAGAUUCAAGACAUUCAUCUGCCUGUCGAUGGGGUUUCUGGAAAUGCCGGGACUUCUAAUGGUGUUCUGACUCGUGAAUCUAAAAGGGAGGACAAGAAAGAAUCUGGGGGUCCUUCGGAGAGAGUUGGUAAAAGAAGUUAUGAUAAUGGCAGGAGUUCGUUUUCUUCGGAGAACUCUGAAGAGAAGUAUAAGAGUAGUAACCGGUCUCUUACGGAGAGCCGGCAGUAUAACGAAGUCCGUGCGCGGAGUAGAUCUAAGUCAAGGGUUGUUGCGGAGGAUGAGUUUUCGGUCAGAGGAAGACAUCGCGACUCUAGUAGGGAGUAUCGUCAUGACAGAGUUGACUCAAGGAGGAGCGAGGGACGUGGGCGAUAUGAAGGAUAUGACAGGGAAUAUACUCGAGAAGACGUGGAAAGAGAAAGAAGUAAGGAGAGGGAUAUGGACAGGGAAGGAAGCAUUCGAGAUAGGGAUUCAGAAGGAAGUAAACGGAGAGAGAGGGAUAUUGAUCGGAGGAGGGAAAGAGAACGAGAAGAAAGGAGGGAGAUAGAGGCUGACCGUGAAAGGCGGAAAGAUAAGGAACGGGAGCGCAGCAUUGAUAGGGAUAGGAGAAGGGAGAGGGAAGGACGAGAUAGAGACAAUGAAAGAGGUGGGAGCGUCGAUAGGGAAAGGAGAAGGGAGAGGGAAGGAGAUUAUUUACGAGACAGAGACAAUAGAAGGGGUAGGAGUAGAGACAGAACCAGAUAUGAUAGCCGAGAGAGGAUGAGAGAAAAGGAAAGGGAGAGUGACAAAGAUAGAGAAAUCCAGGCUGAUAAGGAGAAGUAUAAAAGUGUUGAAGUGGACAACGGUGAAAGGUAUUCUUUCACUAACCCUAUUCCUACUUAUAAAUGUUCUGUUACAUACGAUACACCUUUACUAUUUUGUUGGGUGCUUAAAUAUUUUACUAUUAGGUCGAAAAAUGAGAAUGAUCAAGAUGAUAAUGACAAAGAAUUUAUAUGGAAAUCUCCGGAAGAAAUAGAAGAAGAAGAAUUAAAUAGAAUCAGGGAGAGCAUAGAGAAAUUUAAAAAGAAGUCCGAGCAGCAAAGUGAACUUAUUUCGCAGGAUAAGGGGAAAGAUGUCGUUCAAGAAAACAGUGCUCCGGAUUCGGCUUCUUUUGCAGUUGUUACAGCUGCUAAUGCUGGUGCAGCCAAAGCUAACUCGGACUUUGACCCUGUUGUUGGUGAUGUUGCUAAAACCUCAUUAACAGCUGGUGGGCCACCUACUGUGUUUGGAAUUUCAAACUCGGAGAAGACUCAAGCUCCAGCAGGGCUUGGCGAAGGUAGCCCAAAGAGUGAAAGAUCAGCUGACAUGUUUCAUGAUGAUAUAUUUGGAGAGUCCCCAGCUGCUAAUCAAAAAGUGGGUCACAUGCGAGGGAAAGGUGAUGGUGUUCCAAUGGUAAGGAGCGGGCUUCAUGACAAUUGGGAUGAUGCGGAGGGUUAUUACAGCUAUCAGUUCGGCGAGCUAAUUGACGGCAGAUAUGAAGUCAUUGCUACUCAUGGAAAAGGCGUUUUCUCUACUGUCGUUCGUGCGAAAGAUUUAAGAGCUGGACCAGCUGAACCUGACGAAGUUGCUAUAAAAAUUAUUCGUAACAACGAGACGAUGCAUAAAGCUGGCCAGACUGAGGUUCAGAUAUUGAAGAAGCUGGCUGGUGCUGACCGAGAUGACAAGCGGCACUGUGUUCGUUUGCUUUCAAGUUUCAAGUACCGGAAUCACCUUUGCUUGGUGUUUGAGUCGCUCCAUUUAAAUCUUCGAGAGCUCUUGAAGAAGUUUGGCCGUAACAUUGGCCUCAAACUGUCUGCUGUUAGGUCGUAUUCAAAGCAGCUUUUCAUUGCCCUUAAACAUCUGAAGAAUUGUGGGGUUCUUCACUGCGAUAUAAAACCUGACAACAUGCUGGUGAAUGAGAACAAAACCGUGUUGAAGCUUUGCGACUUUGGUAAUGCAAUGUUUGCUGGAAAAAACGAAGUCACGCCAUAUCUCGUUAGUCGCUUUUACAGAUCCCCUGAAAUCAUUCUGGGGCUGGCUUAUGACCAUCCGCUUGAUAUAUGGUCGGUUGGCUGCUGUCUAUAUGAGCUUUAUUGCGGGAAAGUUCUUUUCCCUGGCGCCACAAAUAAUGAUAUGUUACGCCUUCAUAUGGAACUGAAAGGCCUUUUCCCCAAAAAGAUGCUUCGUAAGGGAGCAUUUAUUGAUCAGCACUUUGAUCACGACUUGAACUUUUACGCUACAGAGGAGGACACUGUUAGUGGGAAGAUGAUGAAGAGAAUGAUUUUAAAUGUAAAGCCAAAAGAUUUUGGUUCAAUUAUAAAGGGUUACCCUGGUGAGGAUCCCAAGAUGUUAGCUCAUUUCAGGGAUCUCUUAGACAAGAUGUUCAUCCUUGAUCCAGAGAAGAGACUGACUGUGUCACAGGCAUUAGCUCACCCAUUUAUCACUGGCAAGUGAAACCAUGUUGCCGUUUUCUCUUUAUCUCUGUUAUAUCAAGAAAUGCUGUUGUCCUAGAUAUUUUUGUACAUUGCACAUCUUAAUUUUAAUUUGAGGUUCUAAUCUUUGAACUGCUUCCAUCUUCCUUGUGCUGCGUGAGAGCGUUGGUUACAAUAUCGGCAUGGGUGAUGCUGUUUGGGUGGAGUUCUCACCACUGCAAUUCCCAGUGGGAAUUUACUGGUUUUAUUGUAAGACAACCUGCUAAUGGCGCUUUCUUUCUUUAUAUUACUGUGUAAUCUCAUUGCCGACUUUACUCAUUGUAGAAGUCUAUGUUUGGAAACAUUCCAUCUGAAUAAGGAGAGGGUCAUUCUGAAUCA